AUGGAAAACAUAGCAGUGACUCGUUUGAUCGAGUACCUCAAGAUCAAUUCGGAGCAGCCGACUCCAGAUUAUGUCCAAACUUCUUCCGAUUGGACACAUCAUCCAUAUUCUGGGUACAAAGAUGAGAAUGGGACAAUUUACGGACGAGGAGCACAAGAUAUGAAGAGUUUGGGAAUACAGCAUAUGGAAGCAUUCAGGAAUUUAUUCGAGCAAGGAAUCAAACAAUGGAAACGGACAAUUCAUAUAGUAUUCGCUCCGGAUGAGGAGACUGGAAGUGAGAAUGGAAUGAAGGGAUUCGUGAAGUCAGAGGAGUUUAAGAAAUUGAAUAUUGGCUUCUCGUUGGAUGAAGGAGGCCCAAGUCAGAAUGAUAUUUAUGAUGUUUAUUACGGAGAGAGGGUCACUUGGUUCGUAAAUGUCACUAUUACUGGGAGUGCAGGUCAUGGAUCGAAAUUCAUUAAGAAUACUGCAUUGGAAAAGUUGGAACGCCUUCUCUACAACACUCGAAAAUUCCGGAAUGAACAAGAAGCACUGAUGAAUAAGAACAAUUUGACACUAGCUGAUGUCACAACUCUGAAUGUGAAUAUCAUAAACGGAGGAGUUCUUGUUAAUAUUGUGCCGGAGAAAAUCCACGUUUCGAUUGAUAUUCGACUGACACCGAAUCAAGACUUCGGAAAAAUGCGCAGUCGUCUGGAUAAAUGGGUGAAAGAUGCGGGAGAAGGAGUCUCUUAUCAAUUUGUGCAGUAUUCCGACUUCAAACCGGUAUCUCCAAGUACACGUGACAAUCCAUUUUGGGCGGCAUUCGAGGAUGGGAUGAAGGAAAUGAACUGCGAAUUCAACCAAGGAAUAAUGGCUGCAUCGACGGAUGCGAGAUUUGUCAGAGAGGCCGGAAUUCCCGCUCUUGGUUUCACUCCAAUGGUCAACACACCAUUCCUUUUGCAUGACAAGGAUGAAUGUUUGAGUGAGAAAGAGUUUUUGAAAGGAAUCAAGAUCUACGAGGCAUUGAUUAACAAGCUCGCGAAUGUUGAUGGAUAA